ACACGCCUAAUGUCAAACAAAAAAAUAGUCAAGCGGUCGAUUUAUUUUGCAAAUCGUAAAAUCUAAGUAAAAAUUAUGUUGUUUUUAUAUUUGUUCUAAUUAGAUUGGCAAGUGAAUUGUGAUUCUUACAAUUCGUUUGACAACACAGUUUGGUUGCCGGCAAGAUGUCCAAGUGGCAAUCUGAAAGAAGCAUCCACGAAAUGUUAAAAGACACACCACCAAUUCGCGAAUCCAGCGAUUCCAUCAACUCUGGGACUGAAGCCAAGUUCCCUACGUCCCGAUCUAUGCCCUUCCCACCGGCCUAUGCUCCACCAGACGUAUCACAAAAUGGCGCUGCAGGCUCCAGCACUCUUCUCCGAGCUGGCUCGACCAAACUGGAGUCCCUUCGCAACUGGAGUGUCUCUACGUACAAAUGCACGAAGCAAAUCUUGUACGAAAAGCUCGGUAAAAGCUCCAGGACUGUAGAUACAGAACUGGAAGCCCAAAUCGAGAUGCUCCGCGAGACGCAGCGCAAAUACAACGGCAUCCUGCGCCUGAGCUCCGCGCUCACGGCGCAGCUGACGGCCGCCGGCCACACGCAGCGCGCGCUCGGCGAGGCCUUCGCGGAGCUCGCGCAGAAGUCGCCGGAGCUGCAGAACCAAUUCCUGUACAACGCGGACACCCAGCGCUCGCUGACCAGGAAUGGCGAGACGUUGUUAGCGGCGCUGCACUUCUUCAACAACUCGCUCAACACGCUCACCAAUAAGACCAUCGAGGACACCUUACUGACCAUCCGGCAGUAUGAAGCGGCUAGAGUGGAAUACGACGCAUACCGCAGUGAGCUGGAAGCCAGCGGCGGGAACCCACCGGAACUACUGCUGGGCAACAUCGAGCGCCACCGCCGUCAUUACGAACGUCUUCGGGACGACUCGGCCGUCAAGCUCAAACUGCUGCACGAGAACAGGGUGAAAGUGAUGAACAAACAGCUCCUACUAUUCCACAACGCGGUGUCUGCUUACUUCAGCGGCAACAACGUGGCCUUAGAGGCCGCGGUGCGGCACUUCAACAUACACUCGCCCCUCCCUGCCGCCUCGCCUCCUCCACAACCGCUGCCGAGAACCGCCUAAACCUUAUUGCUAGCGGAUAAGGUCUGUUUUUGAAUACUAUCACUAGUGGAACGGUUUAACCUUAUAUCAAGCCAAUAAGGUCUGUUUUCGAAUGACUAUUGAAUCUGAUUAUUUGCUGCUGCCAUGUAACCUUACAAGUUGAUAAGGUCUGUUUUCAAACAACGUGGCCUUAGAGGCAGCGGUGCGGCACUUCAACAUACACUCCCCGCUCCCCGCCGCCGCUGCCGAGGACCGCUUAAACCUUAUUGCAAGCGGAUAAGGUCUGUUUUUGAAUACUGUCUCUAGCGGAACGGUUUAACCUUAUAUCAAGAAAAUGAGGUUUGAUUUCAUAUGAAGCGAAAAUGCUCCUUAGGUGCUGCCAUGUAACCUUAUUGCAAGCCGAUAAGGUCUGUUUUCAAACAACGUGGCCUUAGAGGCAGCGGUGCGGCACUUCAACAUACACAACCCAAUAUGCUCUCUAUUGUAAACUGAUUAAGACAGUGUUUCUUAUGGGAGUCCGUAGCCUUAUCUAUGGACCAUUUAAAAAUCAUAAAUAAAUGCCACAAAAAAUCUCGUUUGCUUUAUUAUUAAGAGGGUCCUUAAAAUUGAAAAUUGUCCUAAGGGGUCAGUGGACAAAAAAAGUUUAAGAAACAAUAGAUUUCGACAUGAAUUCGUUCGGUAAUGAUCUCGAGUAUUCCUUUACAAUUUAAUUUGACUCGAAAAAGCCAAAAAUUUAGAUUUUAUUUUACUAAAAUUACUAACUUAUUCCAAAGGGCUUUCAUUAUUUAUUUCCCUUUUUUAUUUUUAUAUCCAAUUUAUAUGAAUAUUUUUUAUAUUUAUUAUUUUAACUAAUAAAAAGUGAUAUGCAUAUGCAAGUGUUAACUCUUUUUUAAUAUUACCUUAUUUUGUAGCAUUCUUUUCAUCAAAUUAACAUAAAUACACUAAACAAGAUUAUACUUUUCUUAGUUACAUUGGAAAGAUAAAUGGCCUAUAAAUUCUUUGCAAUCAUUUAACCAUACCAAUCUUAUUAACAUUUCAUAUUCAUAUUUCUACACAGUUUGAUUAAUGACAUAGAUCAAUAAAUCGAGUUAAAAAUAGAUUUAUUUAGUUUACUUUCAAUGAUAACUAACUGAGAUAAAUAUUUUUAGAGAUUGUGUGUGAUAAAAACUAUAGGCUUCAAAUAAGUACAUGCUUACAAAAAUGCUUUCGGAUUUUAUAUGUUAAACUGCACAGUUGC